AUGACCCGGGCCGGCCGGCGGGGUCCAAGCAGACCCGAGCCGCAUCCCCCACGGGCCAUGGCCUCCCCGCGCCUGGGGACCUUCUGCUGCGCCACGCGGGACGCCGCCACGGAGCUGGUGCUGAGCUUCCAGCCGCGGGCCUUCCACGCGCUGUGCCUGGGUAGCGGCGCGCUCCUCCUGGCGCUCGGCCUCCUGCGGCUGCUGCCCGGGCGCCGGCCCGCGGGCCCCGGGCUCCCCUCGGCCUCCCCGCCGGCCACGGCCCGCACCUCGGCCUCCGCCCGCAUCCUGCGCGCCGCCGCCGCCUGCGACCUGCUCGGCUGCCUGGGUAUCACAGUCCGGUCUACGGUGUGGUUAGGGUUUCCGAGUUUCGUGGACGACAUCUCAGCCGUGAACGGGACAGAUGUGUGGCCCGCCGUCUUCUGCAUGGGGAGUGCAAUGUGGAUCCAGCUGCUGUACAGCGCCUGCUUCUGGUGGCUGUUUUGCUAUGCGGUCGAUGCCUACCUGGUGAUCCGGAGAUCGGCGGGACUGAGUACCAUCCUGCUCUACCACAUGAUGGCCUGGGGCCUGGCCGCACUGCUCUGCGUAGAGGGAGCAUUCAUGCUGUACUACCCUUCCGUGGCCAGGUGUGAGAGGGGUCUGGAGCACGCCAUCCCCCACUAUGUCACCACAUACUUGCCUCUGCUGCUCGUCCUUGUGGCCAACCCCAUCCUGUUCCGAAAGACAGUGACUGCAGUGGCCUCUUUACUAAAAGGAAGUCAAGGAGUUUACACGGAGAACGAGAGGCGGAUGGGAGACGUGAUCAAGACCCGAUUUUUCAAAAUAAUGCUGGUUUUCAUUAUUUGUUGGGUGUCGAAUAUCAUCAAUGAAAUCCUUUUAUUCUAUCUUGAAAUGCAACCAGAUAUCAAUGGAGGCUCUUUGAAACAGGUCAGAAAUGCAGCCGAGACCACGUGGUUCAUGAUGGGGAUACUGAAUCCAGCCCAAGGGUUCCUGUUGUCCCUGGCCUUCUAUGGCUGGACAGGCUGCCGCGCGGCUUUUUGGGCUCCCAGGAAGGAGAUCCAGUGGGAAUCGAUGAGCACCUCGGCCACCGAGUGGGGUCCCUCGUCCCCGAGGGGCUCCCGUGAGCCCUGGGAGAGCCCCGCUGCCGGGAAGGCAGUGCGGGCCGGCGGGCACACUUCCGACGAGGCCGUGAGCCUGCUGUCUGAAGGUUCUGAUGCCAGCACAACUGAAAUCCAUAUUGCAAGUGUGUCCCACAACGCAAAGGAGGCUGAAUCUGUUCCAAAAGCCCAGGGAGACCUACCCAGUGAGAUCCUGGAGCCCGUCCAGUCAGCUGUGCAAGGACCGGCCAAGGUGCUCUUGGUGGGACCACAGGAGGCCCCGCGGCCUGAACGAUGCCAGGCAGCAUCUGGCCGAGUGGAUGGCUGUUGA